CCCAUCGCCAGUUGUUUGUAGUUCGUCUAUUCAUUUCUAUCCAUCCAUACAUGCACCGUCCCCUCGGUAGACUCACAGCACAACGAAAAAAGUAGAAUAAAUACGUCGAAAGCAAGCAUACCCGAUGGUAAGGAAAUGGGAAAACGGGGAAAGAAAAGCAACCCAAGUCUAUUCCGUACACCUCGUACACCCUGCCGGAUCCCCUCCAAGUCGGAGCGGAUAGAUACAUAAGAAUGUCGACGGGUCGCAGAGGGCCCGCCUGGCGCGGUCGUGCGGACCUCGGCGCGUCGUAGUGGUGCAUGAGCAUAAGCAUGAAAACAUGGCGAGUUCGUCCGUGUGGCGUAGCGUUGCAUGUAUGCGAGCGUGCGUGUAUGCGAGCGUUUAAAUACGGUCAGCGUCGACGGCCAAAGUCGAGCGGCGACCGAUAAUAAUGGCGUCCUCCAGUCCCGUCGACCAGACCAGGUCUACCUCCCCUCGCCCCAGAUCAACCUCCCCACCCUUCCCCACCGCCCACCGCGCUCGCCCUCCUCCUCGCCCUCCUCUUCGGGACACCCCAGUCCCUCGACGUUACAAAAGCUGACGAGGCCCGUCAUCUGCUUGCACUGCUCCGCCGCGUGGCGCGCGUCGAACGUCGGCACCGUGCUUUGCUGGCUGAGCUGCGAGAAGUACGGCGAGGACUGCGUGCGCGUCGGUGUAUGCGGGUACGUCGGCGGCGUGGGCGGCGGCGUGAGCGGGCCGCGGGGCGACGUCGACGUCGGCGAGUGGUACACCUCCUUCUC